UCAGACAUGCUGCAUGCGUUGGGUUUUGUCCCUGCAACCGGACUUCCGGACUUCCUUGCAGAGAAGCCAUUGUUUCAGGUCAUCAUUGAAAAGGAAGGCCACAAAUGCUUUUUUCUCCCCAAAUUUCACUGCGAACUUAAUCCAAUUGAGAUGGUCUGGGGUCAAGCAAAACAAUAUUUCCGUCAGUUCUCUGAUGGAACAUUUCCCAAGGCCAAAACAUUAGUUCCUGAAGCACUGAAUCAAGUGACUGGCCAACAUUAUAAUACAGGAAGAGCACCGCAUCCUGACGUUGUUCUCAUUUAG